AAACUCUCUAAUACGGCGCUUUCUUCUGGCUUCCAUCGCCUUUCUCACCAUUGUUUUCGAAGCUCUGUCUGGUGACUCCAGCAAUACCACCACCGCUGUUUUCGCCGCUUAGCGACUUGGAUGAACGGCAGCUCAAACCGGUGCACUUCUGGCGAAUGAUUGUCGGCGACUUUAAUCUGGAUGUUUUGGCUAGGGCGAGGUUGAUGAACUCGAGGCUUUAAAGAUCGACAAAUGCUCUGGUUUCUCCACUGAUGGACUCUUGAGCAUCGUUAAGCUUUGCAGGAUUCCUUUGUAAAUGGAGAUGCAAACGGUUUGCGCUCAAACCCAGAGAAUGGUUUCAGUGAUCUGUCUUCACUUGCUCAGUCAGAGAAGGCUGUUCAGGAGCUUCUUAUUCAACAGACUCCGAUGCAGGCAACAGAUGAUCACCUUAUUGAGUUUUCAGAGGCUUUGAGAACUGUUGCAAAGGCUCUAAGAGGAUCUGCUGAAGGAAAGGCGCUGGCUCAAGCUGAGGCUGCUGAAUGGAAGCAAAUAUAUGAGUUGGAGAGGUCCAAGAACCUAGAGUUGCUCCAUAAAGUGCCGUUAAAUGGAGUGCACGCCGAGGAAUCUCAUAGCCAGGGGAUGGAUCACUCAGCCAAGUCUCUGCAGCUUCAUGUUCAGGAAAAUGGGAAAUUGGGAAGGCAUUCCAUGGAGCGUAUUUGCUCUCAUGAAGUGCUCCAAGAUGGUGAAUCUAACAGUUGUAAUGGAGCCAACAACAAAUUGAAGGAAAGGCAUCGUUUAAGCUUUCAUGGGGAUGCAAGGGUCAGGCUAAUGAUCAACACAAGAAAGAAAUUGUCUCGUUUGAGAGAGGGAACAUCACUACAGCAGACCGCAGUAGACAAAGCAAGGCAUGACUACGAGACAGAGGAGAACAUGCUUGUUCUUAAUGAAGUCACCAUUGACCGUGGAAUAUCUUCUUACCUCACUAACCUCGAAUGCUACUGCGACAACUCAUUUGUCACAUGUGUGCAAGGCAACGAGCAUCGUUAACCAUGAAUUUCAAAAUCUUGAGUUCUAUUUGUUUUGUAAGAAUGAAUUUCAACAAUUUAUAGAUCCAUCGUUGAUCUGUAAACCAUGUUCAUCAUGUAAUGCAAAUUGAUGUUAUUAUAUGGAGAUCUUCUUA